AUGCCAGCAGACCAAGACUUGACAAUGAACUAUAACUACAACGUACAAGAAGAGCAGUGGAUGGCCUUGCCGCUAUCCAAUCGAGAUGCUGCCGUUGAUAUUUCACGGAACGUAUCUACAUGGCCCCAUCCUCUGCCAGAGCCGUCAUUACAGUGGUUCAUGGAUCCGUCAAGCCGCAGUGAAGUGCCAGAAACGCCAGUUCAGUGGGUUAUGGAUGCUUCUGCAUUCGGCCACACUAUAUACCCAUCAACACCAUGGACAAUGGAUUCUUCAAGUUCCAAGGAUCUCACAGGACCAUCGAUACCAUGGGUAACAGAACCUUUAGACCUCGAGAGCUCUACAAGCUCAUCAAUGCCCUGUAUUAUGGAUACGUCAGGUCUCAAAUGCUUUCCUGAGCCGCAGAUACCAGGUCUUCUCGGGCCUCCCAUUCUUGCAAGCCCCUCAGAGCCUCUUACUCCAACAUGUUUACACAUUCCUGACGUACCCAUGGAACCACCCUCUCGUGAUAAGCCGAUCCUUUCUUCCCCUGGAAGCAGCAGUAGCCAUCCGAGUUCACCCCCCGAACUCGUUUUCGCCCACAUCGCGCCUGGUGAUUUCACCUCUCUCUCACACUCCAAAUGUCCAGUUCCUGGCAGAUCGACAGCGCGUCUCACGACUGCACAAGGCUCUCAGCGGCACUAUCGCCAACACGCUAGAAGUUUUUUCUGCCACUACGAGAACUGUCCCCAGUCAGCACCUGAUCCACAGAGCCCUAGUAAACGAGGCUUUGCCACUCGAAAGGAUCGAGACAGACAUGAGGCCAAACAUAAACCGGAAAUCAGGUGCAACUGGCGAAAUCAACAGGGCGAGCAAUGCACACGGCUAUUUAGCCGGAUGGAUAACAUGAGGGAUCAUGUUCGAAGAAUUCAUCGGCGAAAGUUCUAG